GUUCUUGUCCCCAACCGUCGUAGUCGUUCAGACCAGAAGAGAUAUCGCGCAUUUCCAAAGUCUCGGUGUUUUCUGGUCGUGAACGAUGAUCCUCCCAGACACCUGCGACGACUAUCUGUGCUCGUGUCUCACGCCCCUCGAGCUCGUUCGCUACUCGCGGACCUGCAAAGAUGCCUACAGGGCCGUGAAGUCCCACUUCCAAAGAGCGUACAAUCUCAAGCGCACCCUGUCGCGCUUCAUGUCCGCCGACGAAGUUGACCGCUUCCAGCUGCUGCAAAGCGAGACAGGGACAGUCAUAUCCGGAUCUGUCGCCCUCCAGUUCAUGGGGAGAUAUGAGUUUACCUCGUCUGACCUCGACAUAUACACGGAGCAUCGCUACGCGAGGCGCAUCGGCGACUUCCUGAUGUCUCUUGGGUACCAGUAUAAGCCGCGCCACACACAAUCGCCCUCGUUCACCGUCGAAGUCGCGCGCGAUGAGUUGAUCCCUGGCGUCUUGGCUGGCUUCGCUGGUGCGGGAAUCUAUGGCUCGAAUGCCAUGUGCGGCGCAUACAACUUUGUCAAGCCCAACUAUCCGGACGAUAUGAUCCAGCUCAUCACAGCGCGCUUCGGGGUCAUGGACCUCAUUCUUGAUUUCCAUUGCACUGCCGUCAUGAACGUGAUCACGCAUCGGAACGCGUAUGCGCUGUUCCCGUACGAGACUUAUCAUGCAAAGCGCGCGCUGGUCGCGCGCAAGACCCCUGCUCGUCGCGAAGAAGCAGCACUCGCUAAAUAUCAGACGCGCGGCUGGAAGAUACGCAAAUCUGUGUACGACGCAGAGGCCGACGACCCGAAAAGGGAGUUCGGGCAGGCCACUCGUCGCGUCGGCGACAAGAUGACAUGGGUCGUGCCGCUUAAUCAACGAGGCGAGCACAGCGCGUUAGCCAUCGACACCGUUGUGGGGAAUUCGUGGACCUUGAUGUACCACGAUCAUUCUUCCGAUCUAUAUGGGCGCCCCACGCAAGGGUACGCGAAGAUGAUGCGGCACACUGUCCCGACUGGGCAGGAGCGUUGGCGGCAGAUUUACACAUUCGCGACGUCUGCGCACCAUACGGUCUUCAUGGCUUAUUUGCGACACAUUCAGCCUGAUGAGUCGAAACAGAACGACGCCGACGUCGUGCGCGCAGUGGAGAUGUCUUAUGUGCGACUCAUCAGGUCCGACAGCGAAGUCAUGGAUGACUAUGGGACCAUUGCACAGGUGCAGGCAGACUAUGAGGAAAGGCUGUUUCGCAGCUACGCAGGCGAGGAGGUUACCAAUGCGUCUGAUAGUGAUGAUUCUUCCAACUGAGAUUUGGGUAUGGUAUGAUUGUACGGCACAGCUUGAAUUAGACUGUAUGAUAAACUUGAGAGAUACUGAAUGUAUAGCAUGGACCAUCUUACUCUUCAGAUAACGGUAGCGUGAGGUAGCAUACGCUCCCCAUAUUACUCUUUGGUUGCUAGACAUUAGUAGCUGGAUGUGUAUACCCAGCGAAAGCGGAGGCGAAGAGAAAAGCAGAUCAGCGUCGGUAACUUCGAC